UGAACGACGAAUCUUUUCUUGAUCUGCGAGGAUGAGGGCAUGCGUGGCAUGUCGCGUGCUUUUAGCGCUGCUGAUUGUGAUGGCGAUGUUGUUGUUGUUGUUAGGGAGCUCGAGCUUCCGGAGGGUGGAAGGGCGAAGACAGUCGGGAUCCCGACAUGCGCAUUCUCUAGGUGCUGCGAGUCCUCCAGACGUUGUGAUCAAGAGCGUGAAGCAGUCGGGAUCCGGUUGCCCAACCAGGUCAUUAACUCGUUGGGUCCUCACGGAGGACAAAGGCGGGCUGUCUAUCUCGCUUCAGAACUUCGAGGUCAGCGUUACCAAUGCUGGACGUGUGUCACGUGACACGGUCAAGGAGGAGGAGGAGGAGGAGGAGUGCUCUCUCGCCGUCGAAGUGUCGUACCCAGCCCGCUGGCAAUUUCUGGUGUCCCACUGGAGUGUCCAGGGGUUCAUGGAGCUCGACAAGACGUUGUCGGCCGAGCUGCGGUCUAAGUACACGGUGGAGGGGUCAUCCGUGUCUUGUUCGGGGAGCGAAUCGCUGACUCUCGGGGGAAAGAGGAGCGGGUACAAGCCGCACUCCUUGCUCUUCGGUGCCUCUUGUGCAAGAUGGACCCCUUGCAGGAAGGUGUCGGUAAAGCAACCCCCUCCUUCCCCUUCCGAUAAGAAGAUAUUGAAGAAACGGGUCACCAUUAGGAACACCCUGUCUAUCAAAAACAGGGACAACACCCAUAGCAGUGGGUACGUGAAGGUUGAGGUAAUUGACGCUGAACUAGAAUGGAAACAAUGCUAGCGGAGGAGGAGGAGGAGGAGGAGGUGGGGGACGUGAAGGUUGAGAUAGUUGACGCUGAACUGAAAUGGAAACAAUGUUAGACGGAGGAGGAGGAGGAGGAGGAGAACUAACAAUGUUAGACGGAG